AUGGGGGUGGCGAUCGAUUCCGAGAACGGUCAACGAAGACCCAUCCCAGCAACGGCCGUUUUGUUGCUUCCCGGAGUAAAUUCUGGAGGCUGUAGCAUUAGUUUCAACCCGAGGCACGAUAUUGAUUUGUAUAAAAUCGUUAAGGCCGGUGCGCAGACAAAGCUAGAAGGUUCAGGUCCAGUUCUAAGACCGCCAAGUAGGGACUUUGAAUGGCUCUUCGCUAUAGCAGAUAGAUCUCAAAUAUCCGGAGUCCUCCGACGUAUCUCCGACACCAUCGAUCCCAAGCUUGAUUCUGUCUUCAGAAUUUCAACGUUGCCUCCAAUUCAUAGCUUCAAGUUGGCAACCUGUCCUCUCGUACGCAUUCUUUCGCUUCUUGCUAUCUCAAAAUGCCCAAGACUCAGUGUUUGCGCAGUGUUUGCGCAGAGUCCAGUAUUUAUGUUCUACGGAGUAACUAAAGGCACGCAUUACAUUUGGACGCGUGCAAGGAACGUAUCAUGA